AGUUCUCAACACACUAGCACAUUUACACACACUUCAGUGUUCAGUAAAAUAUUUUGUAAUUAUUUUGGUUUGUAAUUGUGGUGUUGCUUAGCUUUGCAGAAUGAGCAGGGAAAUCAGCUUGGCCGAAGUGAAAAAGCACAAUAAAGCCAAUGAUUUGUGGGUGGUGAUUGAGGACAAGGUCUACGAUCUGACCAAGUUCAAGCAAGAGCAUCCUGGCGGCGAGGAUUCGCUGAUAUCUGUGGCAGGUCGCAAUGGCACACGGGAAUUUCUGGAUGUGGGCCACAGCCAGGAGGCCCGGGAGAUAAUGAAAAAGUUUCUGAUUGGCAAUUUGGCAGCCGCCGACAUUAAGAAAAAAGGGGCCGUGGGUUGCAGAGAAAUCGGCCUGGCCGUGGGCGCCAUAAUACUGGGCAUGGCGCUGGUCUACGCGAUCAAACGGGGCAUGGCCAAGAACUAAAUCGAAGGACGUUGCACAACACUGAAACUUUCAUUCCGCAAAGAGAGAAGAGGCAGAAUAAAUUUUAUGUCCUUUUGAUAUUACAAUUUUUUUUUGUAUAAAACUCGUUGAUAU